GUUGACAUCCGCAGACUCACGGCUAACUAAUGGCUGAUUUAGAUAUUGGGAAACAUUGUCAAAUCGAUUCCUGCAAUCUUAAAGAUUUCCUUCCAUUUGUCUGUGAUUCCUGCAGUGGCGUUUUCUGCCUUGAGCACAGAAGCAGAGAGGCCCACUCAUGUCCUGAGGAGUCAGUGAAAAGGGAACCAAGGACUGCUGGUGGCAGUACAAGUUAUUCAUGCUCAUUUGAAGACUGCAAGGGGAAAGAGUUGUUGCCAGUAAUAUGUCCGCAGUGUGAAAAACAUUUCUGUUUGGUCCAUCGUCAUCAAGAUGAUCACAAGUGUGAGAAGUUGGAGGUCCAAAAGCCUCGUAUGGCAGCCACUAAAGAGCUCGUGCAAAAAAUAGUGGAGUCAAAGCAUGGAUCCAAAAGUAAAGGACGUAGAGGAGCAAAGAACAGUGCAACUGCAGCUAAGGUAGCGUUAAUGAAACUGAAACUGCAUGCUGCAGGAGACAAGGGACUACCACAGACAGAGAGAACCUAUUUUCAGGUUUAUCUCCCUAAAGAAUCUAAAGACUCCAGCCAACCCAUGUUCUUCUGCUCCAAAUGGAGUGUGGGAAAAGUGGUGGAUUAUGCAGCCUCUCUAGCUAGCCUCAAGAACAACAAUAAUGUACUGACAGCUAAGAAGUUGCGGUUAUGUCAUCCUCAGACAGGUGAGGCUUUGCGGAUGGAUGACACCCUGUUCUCCCUGCUGGCUCACCCUGAAACUCCCCUUUACAAUGGGGGUAAUGUAAUCCUGGAGUACCUGGAUAAUGAGAGCAUAGGCCUGGGGGAUGUUUCUGACUAUAUCACACAGACCUGACAA